AUGUCUCAACCACAGGGCAAAAAGCAAGCAGACAGAGAGGCGGAGGGAGAGCCCGAGCAAAGGAUCCCCAUCACAAUGCUGGACCAAGCGGCCGCGGCAUCCAACAGCGAGAGCCACAACCUCAACCCCACCGAACGCCGACACAUGGGCCAAGACGUGCCCAUCAUACAAGAGCCGUCCGGUCCCGAAUCACCACAACAAGACCGCCCACCACCACCAGCCUACGGUGGAAUCCUGGGCGAACUAACCAACACCCAAGAUGGCCUCGGCACCGACGCCAAAGUCGGCGAUGACGGCCGAGUCAAUAUCCGCAUUGAUCAGAAGAGCGGGAGUCUCUCCAAUAUGCUUGUUCCGGUGUUGAAGAAGCAACAGGAUGGGAUUGAUCAUGAAGAAGAACCGCCACCGCCUUAUAUUCCUCCUAGUCUUGGUGGGGAUGAAGAGGAGCCGCCGCCACCGCCGUUGAAUGUCGUGAUCCAGAUCGUGGGUAGUAGAGGUGAUGUCCAGCCUUUUGUUGCUUUGGGAAAAGUGCUAAAGUCGACGUAUGGACAUCGUGUCAGAUUGGCUACACAUCCGGUAUUCAAGGACUUCGUGCUAGAGAAUGGACUGGAAUUCUUCAGUAUCGGUGGCGAUCCAUCACAGCUUAUGGCAUUCAUGGUGAAGAAUCCGGGACUCAUGCCCUCCUUUGACGCUCUUAGAGGUGGUGAUGUGGGGAAGAGGAGGAAGGAGGUGGGAGAAUAUCUUAACGGGUGCUGGAGAUCUUGCUACGAGGCUGGAGACGGCCUAGGCCCACAGGCGAACGACAACACGGUCGAGGAUUGGAAUGUGCAGAAUCCGAAGAGGAGUGGUUUGCCGGAUCCAUCGGAUGAGACGGAGAAGCCGUUUGUGGCAGAUUGCAUUAUUGCUAAUCCGCCUUCGUUUGCUCAUGUGCAUAUUGCGGAGAAGAUGGGCAUCCCACUCCACAUAAUGUUCACAAUGCCCUAUAGCCCAACCCAGGCUUUCCCUCACCCCCUAGCCAAUAUCCAGUCCUCCAACGCCGACCCAAAUCUUACAAACUACAUCUCCUACGCCCUGAUAGAUAUGCUCACCUGGCAAGGUCUCGGCGACAUCAUCAACCGGUUCCGACAGAAAAGCCUUGGUCUCGAACCGAUCAGUCUGGUCUGGGCACCUGGCAUGAUGCAACGCCUGAAGAUCCCUCACACCUACUGCUGGUCACCUAGUCUGAUCCCGAAACCCAAAGACUGGGGCCAACAAGUCAGUAUUAGCGGGUUCUUCUUCCUCAACCUCGCCUCGAACUACACCCCAGAUGCGGAUUUGAAAGCUUUUCUGGACGCCGGACCGCCACCUGUGUAUAUCGGCUUCGGAAGUAUUGUCCUGGAUGACCCCAAUGGUAUGACCAAGCUCCUCUUCGACGCUGUUCGCAAAACAGGUCAGAGGGCUCUUGUAAGUAAGGGCUGGGGCGGCAUGGGUGCCGACGAACUCGGCAAACCCGACGGCGUCUUCAUGCUAGGUAAUUGUCCCCACGAUUGGCUCUUCCAACGCGUAUCUUGCGUCGUGCACCACGGCGGGGCCGGGACAACAGCUGCGGGCAUUACGGCCGGAAGACCUACUGUAGUAGUACCAUUCUUCGGCGAUCAGCCCUUUUGGGGCGCAAUGGUGGCGAGAGCUGGUGCUGGGCCGAAUCCGAUACAUAGUAAAGAGUUGACUGCCGAAAAGUUGGCGGAGGCUAUAGAGGUGUGUUUGAAGCCGGAAAGUCAGGAACGAGCAAAGGAGUAUGCGAAGAGUAUCUCGCACGAGAACGGCUCGCAAGUCGGUGCCCAAGCCUUCCACCAAUUCCUCUCCGUCGACUCAAUGCGAUGUAACCUCUCCCCCGCCCGCGCAGCGGUGUGGCGAUUAAAGCGGACACAGGUCCGAUUAAGCGCUAUGGCGGCUUGUACGCUCGCGAACGAAGGACUCCUCGACUUCAACGAUCUGAAGUUGUUUCGACCACGAGAGUACGAGACGGACGAUGGGCCUUGGGAUCCGAUCACCGGUGGUGCGACGGCGCUGGUGGGGACCAUGAGUACGAUGAUGAUGGGGAUGGCGGAUAUGCCUAUUGAUACUUUGAAAGCGUUGAAGAUCCAUCCUGAGGCGGUGAAGAAGAAGAAGAAGAGGGAUACGGAUGGUGAAGGCGAGGACACCAGUUCCGAGGGUGCAGACAGCGCGUCGCAGGCUCGAGGGUUGAUUGGAGACACCGGCGGGAGCAGUAGUGGUGGAAGCAAUACCCCGGCAACGAGCAGGACGAACUCGACCUUCAAUUAUCAGGAGAGUAUGGCAAAGUUGCAGCAGCAGAGUUCGCCGCUAUCGCCUGGUUUGGACAAAAUGCCGGCUUCCAUGGCAGACGCACUACGAGGACAGCUAUCCAGCUCUUCAAAACCGCGCUCCCGCUCACGCAGUCGCUCAAACAGCCGCACUCCAACCACCACCUCCAACAACAGCCAGCAACCCAAGACAGGCAGCGGCGAGAACCCACUCGAAACAGCCAUCGACACAGGAAAAGGCAUCCGCAAAAUUGUCGGCGCCGGCUUCAGCAGCCCCAUGGACUUCACCAUGAACUUGACAAAGGGCUUCCACAACGCCCCCAAACUCUACGGCGACGAUACAGUGCGCAAAGCCGACCAAGUUACCGACUUCAAAUCCGGCGUCAAGGCUGCGACCAAAGAAUUCGGGUACGGGAUGUUUGACGGGAUCACGGGGCUCGUCUCGCAACCCUUACGCGGCGCACAAAAGGAAGGCGUGAGCGGUUUCGUUAAGGGUGUAGGGAAAGGAAUCGGCGGCGUAGUCCUCAAGCCCGGCGCCGCGGUCUUCGGAAUCCCGGGAUAUACCAUGAAAGGCGUCUACAAAGAAAUGCAAGCGCGCUUCGGCAGUUCCGUGCAGAAUUACAUUAUCGCGGCUCGUACAGCGCAGGGUUUUGAUGAGUGGCAGAGUGCUUCGGAGGAGGAGAGGGCGGAUGUGGUGAGGAGGUGGCAGGUGCUGAAGCGGGAUCUGAAGAAGAAGCGGAAUCCGGAUGAGAUGGUCAGGGAUGUGUUGGAAGAGCAGAGGAGGCGGAAGGGGGAGAUGUUGAGGGGGAUGAGGGAGAAGGGGUUGGAGGGGUUGAGUCGCAGUCGGGCGAGUAGUUUUAGUCGGAGGCAGGCAAAUGCGGUGGCGCAGGGCGGUGAUCCUGAGGCUGCUAUGUUGCAAGUUGGGGGACCGCCGACAACGCAACGUGGUGAGCCGCAGCAUGGCGAAGACGAUGAUCUGCAGGAGGCUAUCCGGCUUUCUGUCCUCGAAAGCUCGCGCGGCAACGAGCAAGAGGAUAAACAGGUCGAGGAGGCCAUCAAAGCCAGCAUGGCCGACGUCCAGCGUAAGCGCGGCCAAGAACAUCCCUCCGGUGUCGAUCUCGCCGAGGAUCCAGAACUGGAACGGGCUCUCGCGCGCUCUUUGGCCGAGCAAAGAGGACUCCAGCAGUUCAGCGGUGGGAGCAGCGGUAUGGCCGCCGUAGACGCUAGUGCGAACCGCCAAGAGAUCUUGCAGAGCCAACAGCGUGUCGAGCAGCAGAGGAAGAACAAGGGGAGGCAAGAGGAGAGUUUGAGGGAGGUUGGGGUUGAGGCGGAGGCUGAUGCGGGACAUCUUGAGGGUACGACGAAGGAGGCUCAUGCACAGAGUACUGGGGUCGGGGGAGGGGAUGCGAAGACGGACCAGGAGAGGAGUGAGGAGGAGAUUGUGAUGCAGUAUGUGAAGAAGCAGAGUCUGCUUGAGGAGAGGCAUCGACAGGGUGGUGGGGGCGGAUCGUCGUCUUCUGCGGCGAAGUAG